AUGUCAAGCAAUUUAACGGCAGAGCAGCAGCGUAAAAUUGAAGAGAACAGACAGCGAGCAUUGGCAAGGAGAGCCGAGAGACUCGCUCAGACAAGUCGGCAACACGAUCCUAUACCAGUUCAAAACAAACCACCUACUACCCAGCAUGUCACAGCUACGAACCGCAGCUUUUCGCAUACCACCGCUGGACCCUCAAGAUACAGCCAGUCCUGUACCAAAACACCGGAAGAGCCUGGACAUAAUAUGGCUGCAAAUAAUACGAGACAGAUAAAACUUAUCGACCCCCUUCCUGUAUCUAAGGCGUCUCUUCAAUGCACAGAGAUUGAUAAGGCCUCCAGUUUUAAACCUCCUGCAUCAAAGCCAGACUCCACCACAAAGCCAGCUUUCAAAACUGAUCAUUUUUAUGGACAGGUUGUCAAAAGUCCUGUUCAGACUUCAGAUAAAAAGUCGUCCGUAGCGUCGGAUGCUUGCAAGUCUGUGAAAACGACCUCUGUAUCUGUGAGAGGAAGGUGUGUAUCGCACACGUCUGAUCGCUUCAGAGUGGAAGUAAGCUACCACGCAGAGCUCAUUGCUGUUUUUAAAGGGAUUCCCUCCAGAAAUUAUGAUCCAGCCACCAAGAUGUGGAACUUCAGCCUAGUGGACUACCAGCAAUUGAUGGAAGAAGCCGCAAACAUCCCGUCUGUGUCUCUAAAGCCUCUGGAUGGCAUGGAGGGAUUGGACGUUGCCAUGGCUACGAGUCGCUCCCGAGAUGCUGCGGCCUUGGGUGCUUUAAUGAGGAUGUGUCAAGGCUGGCAGAAACCAGGGGCCAGCGUACAGGGUCGAUGCACGCUAAUCUCCCGCUCACGUUUUGAGGUUGACAUUGUGUACCACGUGGAUAUCAUCGGCAUUUUUAAACAAAUGCCCUCUAAAAAUUACGAAAUGAAGACAAGGAAGUGGAAUUUCUUGCUAGAAGAUUACAAAAAGCUCAUGGAGGCUCUUAACGCGAUCCCGUCCGUGGAGGUGGAACCGUUACCGCGUGCUGUGAUCCAGGCUUUCUCCAGUCAGUUUGAGAAGAGUCAGUCUAAAGCACCAGAGAUCCCAGAAGCUGAUCUCUCCAGCAUAGACUCCACACUGACCAGAAGUCUCAUGCCUUUUCAGAGGGAUGGGGUAAACUUUGCAGUGUCCAGAGAUGGCAGACUACUCCUCGCUGAUGACAUGGGCCUGGGGAAGACGGUACAAGCCAUCUGCAUAGCUGCAUAUUACAGAAAAGAGUGGCCUUUAUUGGUAGUGGCACCUUCAUCCGUACGCUUCACAUGGGCAGAGGCUUUUAGGCGCUGGCUGCCCUCUGUGGAACCUGACAGGAUCAACGUAGUGGUGAAAGGGAAAGACAGCCUCCGUGCUGGCCUCAUUAACGUGAUCAGCUACGACCUGCUCAAUAAAAUAGACAAACAGCAGCUAGUCAACCCCUUCAAUGUACUUAUCAUGGAUGAGUCACACUUUCUGAAAAACUCAAAAACAGCCCGCUGUAAAGCUGCUCUUCCGUUGCUAAAGGCAGCGAAGAGAGUGAUCCUGCUGUCGGGGACCCCUGCCAUGUCUCGCCCGGCUGAACUCUACACCCAAAUCCUGGCUGUUCAACCCACAUUGUUCCCACGCUUCCACGAGUUUGGGAUGCGUUACUGUGAUGCCAAACAGCUUCACUGGGGGUGGGAUUACUCAGGCUCGUCAAACUUGGGGGAACUGAAACUGCUGCUGGAGGAAUCGCUAAUGCUACGACGCCUUAAGUCUGAGGUUCUGUCCCAGCUCCCUGCCAAGCAGCGCAAGGUUGUCACUGUGACCACAGAUGGCAUCAACUCCCGCACAAAGGCUGCACUCUCUGCCGCAGCCAAAGAGCUUGCCAAGGGCCGUCACAGCAAAAUGCAAGAAAAGGAGGCCCUUCUAGUUUUUUACAACCACACAGCGGAAGCAAAGACCCGUGCGAUUAUGGAGUAUAUAAUGGACAUGCUGGAGUGUGGACGAGAGAAGUUUCUGGUGUUCGCCCAUCACAAACAAGUUCUGGAUACUAUAACUAAAGAGCUUGGUGAAAAAGGAAUCAGUUUUAUCCGCAUCGACGGAUCCACGCCGUCUGCGGAGAGGCAGGCGCUUUGUGACAAGUUCCAGUUCUCUCAGAAGAGUUGUGUGGCUGUGCUCUCCAUUACCGCUGCUAACAUGGGCCUCACGCUUCACUCUGCCGAUCUCGUGGUCUUUGCUGAGCUCUUCUGGAAUCCAGGGGUUUUGAUUCAGGCCGAAGACCGAGUCCAUCGCAUUGGACAGACCAGUAAUGUGGAUAUCCACUACCUUGUAGCCAAAGGGACUGCUGAUGACUACCUCUGGCCCAUGAUCCAGGAGAAGAUGAAUGUUCUAGAACAAGUUGGCUUGUCUGAAUCCAAUUUAUCAGAAAACGCAGAGUCUGCCAGCUUCCAUAGCAAGGACCCUAAGCAAAAGACCAUCACUGAGAUGUUCCAGAGAUCAUUCUCAGAGGAGGAUCUGGAUGAAACUGCUUUACUGGAGGCGGUGAAUGAUUGGGAGAACACUGAACAAGGAAGCUCCUCUGUCCAUGGAGAAGAUCCCUCCUCAGAGAGCCCAAACAAAAAAAGACGCCUCGACCAAAACAUAGGCAGAUAG